AUGGCCAGAACUGAAGGCAUAAAACUGCUGUACUGUUCUUCUAGGUUAAAUCAAUGUAUUAAAACAUUGUUCAGAUCCUAUGUGGCGCAACUGGAGCCUAUAUAGUGCUAUGAAGACUAUGAGAGUUAGUCUGGAGAGUAACAUAUCUUCUAGAGAAUAGACUUGAUAUUCCAUUCUUCUGCAAUGGUUAAUUCACACAGAAAACGAAUAUUUAAUGUUUAUAUAGGAUUUUACUGUACAGCAAUCAUCUUACCUAAAAUAUGCAUUUGUUCUCGGUUCUCAAUGCCAUCUAGUGAUCAGUUCAAUCAGGACCUUGGGGCUUUCCCGGCAGCCACCAAUGGGGAACCAUUUCCUUGGCAUGAGCUAAGGCUCCCCAACACGGUCAUUCCUCUUCACUAUGACCUUUUUGUUCAUCCAAAUCUCACCUCCCUGGACUUCGUUGCAUCUGAGAAGAUUGAAGUCUUAGUCAGAGAUGCCACCCAAUUUAUCAUCUUACACAGCAAAGAUCUCGAAAUCAUGAAUGUCACCCUUCAUUCAGAGGAAGAUUUGAGAUACAGGAAACCAGGGAGAAAGCUGGAUGUUUUGAGUUAUCCUGCUCAUGAGCAAAUUGCUCUGCUGGUUCCAGAGAAACUUACGGCUGACCUGAAAUACUAUGUGGCCAUUGACUUUCAGGGCAAGUUAGCUGACGGCUUUGAAGGGUUUUAUAAAAGCACGUACAGAACUGUUGGUGGUGAAACAAGAACAAUCGCAGUAACAGAUUUUGAACCAACUGAGGCGCGAAUGGCUUUCCCUUGCUUUGACGAACCAUUGUUCAAAGCCAACUUUUCCAUCACGAUAAGAAGAGAGAGCAGACACAUUGCACUAUCCAACAUGCCAAAGGUUAAGACAAUUGAACUUGAAGGAGGCCUCUUGGAAGAUCAUUUUGAAACUACUGUAAAAAUGAGUACAUACCUUGUAGCCUACAUAGUUUGUGAUUUCAUGUCUGUGAGUGGGACAACCUCAUCAGGGGUCAAGGUGUCCAUUUAUGCAUCCCCAGACAAAUGGAGUCAAACUCAUUAUGCUUUGGAGGCAUCAUUGAAGCUACUUGAUUUUUAUGAAAGUUACUUUGAUAUCAACUAUCCACUCCCAAAACUGGAUCUAAUUGCUAUCCCUGACUUUGGAUCCGGAGCCAUGGAAAAUUGGGGCCUCAUCACAUACAGAGAGACAUCACUACUCUUUGAUCCAAAGACCUCUUCUGCUUUUGAUAAACUAUGGGUCACCAGAGUCAUAGCCCAUGAAUUAGCACACCAGUGGUUUGGCAACCUGGUUACCAUGGAAUGGUGGAAUGACAUUUGGCUCAAUGAGGGUUUUGCAAAGUACAUGGAACUUAUCUCUGUUAAUGCUACAUAUCCAGAGCUACAAUUCGAUGACUAUUUUUUGGAAGUGUGUUUUGAAGUAAUUAAAAGAGAUUCACUAAAUUCAUCCCAUCCUAUCUCCAAUCAAGCAAAAACUCCUACUCAAAUACAGGAAAUGUUUGAUACAAUUUCCUACAACAAGGGAGCUUGUAUUUUAAAUAUGCUCAAGGAUUUCCUGAGUGAGGAGAAAUUUCGGAAAGGGAUUAUUCACUACUUAAAGAAGUUCAGCUAUCGAAAUGCUAAGAAUGAUGAUUUGUGGAGAAGCAUGUCAAAUGGUUGUUUAGAAGGUGAUUUUACAUCUGGUGGAUUUUGUUAUUCCGAUUCCAAGAGGACAAGCAGCACACUCACCUUUCAGGGGGAAGAUGUGGAGGUCAAAGAGAUGAUGGCUACGUGGACUCUGCAGAAAGGAAUCCCCCUCGUGGUGGUUGAGCGAGAAGGACGUUCGCUGAGACUGCGACAGGAGCGCUUCCUGAGCGGGGUGUUCAAAGAGGACCCUGCAUGGAGGGCCCUGCAGGAAAGGUACCUUUGGCACAUCCCAUUGACCUACUCCACGAGUUCCUCUAAUGUGAUUCACAGACACAUUUUAAAAUCAAAGACAGAUAUUCUGGAUUUACCUGAAAAUACCCACUGGGUGAAAUUCAAUGUGAACUCAAAUGGCUACUAUAUUGUUCACUAUGAGGGGCAUGGAUGGGACCAACUCAUUCAACAGCUGAAUCAGAACCACACACUUCUCAGACCUAAGGACAGAACAGGUCUGAUCCACGAUGCAUUUCAGCUAGUAAGUGCAGGAAGGUUGACCCUAGACAAAGCUCUCAACCUGACCCGCUAUCUCCAACAUGAAACAAGCAGCCUUGCACUGCUCAAAGGUCUGGGAUACUUAGAAUUGUUUUACCACAUGAUGGACAGACGCAAUAUCUCAGAUGUCACUGAAAACCUCAAGCAUUACCUUCUCCGGUAUUUCAAGCCAGUGAUUGACACACAAAGCUGGAGCGAUGAGGGCUCCGCCUGGGACAGGAUGCUCCGCUCCACCCUGUUGAAGCUGGCCUGUGACCUGAACCAUGCUCCUUGCAUUCGGAAGGCAACUGACCUCUUCUCUCAGUGGAUGGAAUCCAGUGGGAAAUUAAAUAUCCCAACAGAUGUUUUAAAGAUUGUGUAUUCAGUGGGUGCUCAGACAACAGCAGGAUGGAAUUACCUUUUGGAGCAAUAUGAACUGUCAAUGUCAGGUGCUGAAAAAAACAAAAUUCUGUAUGCAUUGUCAACCAGCAAAUACCGGGAAAAGUUAAUGAAAUUAAUUGAUCUAGGAAUGGAAGGAAAGAUUAUCAAGACACAGGACUUGGCAUCUCUUCUUCAUGCAAUUGCUAGAAAUCCAAAGGGACAGCAAUUAGCCUGGGAUUUUGUAAGAGAUAAUUGGACACAUCUCCUAAAAAAAUUUGGCUUGGGCUCAUUUGAUGUGAGAAUAAUCAUCUCUGGCACAACAUCUCACUUUUCUUCCAAGGAUGAGUUACAAGAGGUGAAACUGUUCUUUGACUCUCUUAAAGCUCAAGGAUUACAUCUGGAUAUUUUUCAAAUUGUUCUGGAAACCAUAUCCAAAAAUAUUAAGUGGCUGGAGAAGAAUCUUCCCACUCUAAGGACUUGGCUACUGGCUAGGACUUAAAUGGUCAAUACAAAGAGCACAUCAGAUGCACAUUACAUCUUCUUGACAUUGGCAAAGCUCAAGUCAGAGUUCCAGAUAUUUUGUCUAAGAAGCCUCAAGAAAUCAGCCAGCACAACUGCCUGUUCUAAGCUAUGGUCUCUAGUGGACCAGUGUAUGGCAUUGAAGGUAGGGUAAGGCCAGUUCAUAGCCCUUUUAAAAGUAAACUUUUCUGAAUAUAUGGGGAGAUAUAGAUAUGGACAUAUAGAUAUACCUGUAAUAGUUUAGCUGCUGCAGCACAAACUAUCUACAUUGCCUCACAUUAUGCCACUCUUUUGCUACUUUGCUGCUUUUUAACCUUGCCCAGUAUCCUGGAGUUUACCCAACCAGUUUACUUCCAGGGAAACACAGCAAAUCCAUGAAAUAAAUCUUUCAUUUGCAUCCUGCUAUCUCCCCCUCUCCCUGUCCUUGAACUUAGCCUGAGUAGUUUAAUUAUUACCAUUUAUGGAAAAUCUGAAUCAAAUAUAAAGCAAAUAUCAGGAUAACAGAGGCUCUGUCACCAAAUCUCAGAUUAUUAGAAACUAGAUGUCAGAGUUUAUCCAGGAGGCCAGGAGGGCCUCUUGGCUUGAGCCUCACAUUCAUGAAGAGCCUCAAGGAUAACCUUUUGAGGUCAUCUCGAAAGGAAGUAAAAUCUAUAGUCACAGAGGUACAGGAGAGAAAGACUAUACCACACCACUUUAAUCCAUACAUGGUUACAUUAUUUAUAAACCUUUUGAAAGAAUUAGAUUAUAUUGUGUAUAUUUGGGUUAAAUAGUGGUUUAAUGUAAAUAUUUAAAUGCAUCAUCUUUUUGUAACCCAAUUUUAGUAUUUCUUCAUGUUUUAAGGAAACCUCUUGAUCUCUGAAAUGCUUUUCUAAAUGCUUCUCUUGUUUGAAUAAGAUAUUUGGAAUAAAGAAAACACCCCUCUACAUCCAGGCAGUACAUGUAAUAUAUUAAUGGUCCCACAUAUGAAUCAGUUUGAAGUAUAAUAAGUUAUAAAAAGUUGUGAAUAAAUGAACCAAUGAUUA